AAUUGAUGCAAAUCUUUAUAUACCCUCCCUUUCCUUUUCAUACAUCGGACCGAAGCUUCAAGCUUCUAAUGCAGUGUACUCAGUAGAUGCGGAAGAAUGACCCUUGUUGGCAUCGAAUAGGUGCAUAUAAUGGAUUUGCCCUAGCAAGUCUGCGGUUCUAGUUUUCUACUGACGACGACAUAUCUCCAGCCAUGGCCCACCACGUCCAUCACAGAACGUUGACUCUAAGGAGGAGGCGUAGGUGUUAAGGUCUUUCUUUUCACCUCAAAAUCAUUCUCUUCUCCGCUAAUCAACCACCCAACUGCCGCCACCAACCGCCACCAACCAUCACCAACUUAGGUCUUUUCCCCCAAUAAUUACAAUCAAAUGCAUAAUCCCCCUCCACCGUCUUCACCAUCCCCACCCUCACCACCACAACAACCACCGUCUUUGAACAUGGACUCGAUCGACGAGUCGUCAACUUUGAUUUGGGACUGGAGUCAGUUCCUCGAUUUCAACAUUGACAAUCACUUACCCUUACCCGGAGAAGAAUCCAACCACUCAUCCGCGCUUCCAACAUCUCAGGAGCUCUAUCCGAUUGACAAUCCCCAGGUAGAGCCGGUACCCGACUCGUUUCCGGUCAAUUCGACUUCUAAUACUAACGAUAGGGUUCGUAAACGGGAUCCAAGGAUGGCCUGCUCGAAUUUCCUCGCGGGUCGAAUCCCUUGCGCCUGUCCAGAGCUUGACGCGCUGCUGGUGGCGGAGGAAGAAGAGGGUGCUCCUGGAAAGAAAAAGUCUAGGUCAACGACGGCGAGAACGGCGUCAAGUUCCAGAUGUCAGGUUCCUUCUUGUGAGGUGGAUAUCAGUGAGCUCAAGGGAUAUCACAAAAGACACAGGGUUUGUCUCCGAUGUGCUAAUGCUACUACUGUGGUGCUUGAUGGCCUUAAUAAGAGAUACUGCCAGCAGUGUGGGAAGUUUCAUGUCCUGUCAGAUUUUGAUGAAGGUAAACGUAGUUGCAGAAGAAAAUUAGAACGCCACAAUAACAGGCGUAGAAGAAAACCAUCAGACUCCAAGACAUCUGGACUUCAAUCAGCAGAUUAUGAUUAUGCUUAUGAUGAAGCUGGAAAAGCAACCAAAUGUACAACUAGUGAAGCAGCAGGAAAAGAGAAAUCAUUGAUAGCACCUGGAGUUCAUAAUUCCUUACUGGGCCCCACUCAUGCCCAAAUUAUCCACAGUGAUAGCAUCCCAUCUCUAGCUGUAUCUGGUGAAACUCAAACAGAUGAAGAGAAAGAAAAAGGCAACCAUUCUCCAUCUUAUUGUGAUGACAGGAGUGCCUUUUCUUCUGUGUGCCCAACUGGUAGGAUCUCAUUCAAGCUCUAUGAUUGGAAUCCAGCAGAGUUUCCUCGUAGACUUCGACACCAAAUAUUUCAAUGGUUGUCCAGUAUGCCUGUGGAGUUGGAAGGGUAUAUUCGUCCUGGAUGCACAAUCUUGACCAUAUUCAUUGCAAUGCCUACAGUUAUGUGGGUGAAGUUAAAUGAAGAUCCAGUUGUAUGUAUACAUGACCUCCUUUCUUCACCAAGAAACUUACUUUCAGGACGUGACACAUUUUUUGUUAACCUUAACAGCAUGAUCUUUGGUGUCAUGAAAGGUGGAAGAUCUGUGAUAAAAAUUAAAACAGGUGAAAAAGCACCAAAGCUUCAUUAUAUUGAGCCUACAUGCUUUGAAGCAGGAAAACCCAUAGAGUUUUUGGCAUGUGGAAGUAAUUUACUUCAGCCCAGACUUAGGUUUUUAGUAUCUUUUGCUGGAAAGUAUAUGACAAAUGAAGCGAGUGUUUCACCAUCAUGUAACCAAAGUGAAACCUCUACAACAAACUUAGAUCAUCAGUUACUGAAAAUAUCUGUCCCUCAUACUGAAUUGGACGUUUUUGGCCCUGGUUUUAUUGAGGUUGAAAAUGAAUCCGGGCUGUCCAAUUUCAUUCCAAUUCUGAUUGCGGAUGAGGAAGUGUGCUCUGAGAUUAAAACCAUGCAGAUGAAAUAUUAUUCAAAAGAUUCAGAGUCUAUUGCUGUUUUUAGAGUUAAACAGAGCAAGUUCUCUGAAUUGCUUGUGGAUAUGGCGUGGUUAUUAAAACAGCCAAUUGUAGAGGAAAUAGAGUGUGUGAUGAUGUCAUCACAGCUGCAAAGAUUCACUUGUGUUCUUGAUUUUUUAAUCGAAUACGAGUCCACUACAGUUUUGAAGAGAAUAUUAAAGUGCAUAAACAUGAGAAUUAUGAAAAAUGAAGGUGAUGGGAUCCUGAUUCAAGGGACUGUUAAUCAUGCUACACAAGUUCUUCAUCAGAGACUUCAGAAAAAAGUAAACCAAGAAGAUGAGGUGCUUCCUUUUGUUUCAACAGUUAAUCAGGAUAUGGUAGUAGCAAACAGAAUGCCAAUUCCAACUUCCAUGGACAAAAGUGAAACUGUUGCACUUUUAAAUGCUGAAUACAUCAUGAGUGUGACACCUGGCAAGGAACAACACCCUGUGGGACCCACAAACCGGAUAUUUACUUAUAACACCAAUAAUAGUAGUAGAUUAUUUCCUACCCGGCCUCUCAUCCUUGUGGCUACUGUGGUUACCUUAUGUUUUGGUAUUUGUGCGGUCGUUUUCCACCCUCACAAGGCUACUGCAAUUGCAAUAACUAUUCGCAGGUUCAGAUGACUACAAAUAAGGUAGCGUGUAUAAACAAGUGACUAAACGAAACAAUAAUUAAUGAC